AAGUUUAGUUAAUUUUAUAAAAUUGAAUUGAAACUUUAGAAGUAGGAUUUAGAGUAAAAUAUAUGCUAGCUAGUGAUGAAAAAUGUUAGAAUUAGUCAUUUACCGUAAUUUAUAAGCUGGUACCAGAUCCAAAGACGUGUAGAGGUCUCUCUGCCUCCAUCUAUCGUAGGCUUCUUGAAACCCCGUGUUCAAUAACUUGGAUUUUAUAACUCAGAGAUGGAGCUAGGGAAUUUGUUUCAGUGAAAUGUUCUAAAGGAAAAAAGUCCGUCAGAUUUACGUUGAAGGGUUGUUUUGGAUCGGGGGACGGAUUUUGUGACAACCCCGCACCUUUGGGUCGGUGAAGCCGCGUCGGGCGAAACUGGUCGAGAACGGGUAAUGGCCAUCCAAAGCAGAAAGAGAAAUGUCGUCGGCUGAUGUGGACUUAAUUUUAAAAAAGUAACGAGACUCGGGACGAAUCGCCCUCGACUUCGCCUCGUCGGCUAAAGCAUUAAACUUUCCAGAGAAGAAGUUAAAAAGUUUGAAAUGGCAGCGGAUACAAAGCCUAAUAUAAAACAGCUAAGAGUGGACAAUUGGGCCGUAUUUUUCCUCCAGCGUGUACAGCUUCUGUUUGCAAAAGGUGACCACUGUGACCUUACAUUGAAGUUCCAAUCUGGAGAGGAAUUAAAGGUGCAUCGUUUGAUUUUAAACACAAGUACGACUUAUUUUGAAACACUUGAAAGUGAAGGGAACCUUAUUGAAUUACCUGACACUCUUCCUUACAGCGCGGUUCAUCCAAUAAUCAAUUUUUUAUACUCUGGAAGGCUAGAGUUUAAGCCGGAAUUAUUCAACCAGUUGCUUUCUGUUGCGAAAAUUUUGAACAUAACUAUUCUUUGCCAACUACUUGUUACACAGAAGAAUGAUAAUGGUGUCAACUCGACAACAGUUGGCGUGACAAAGACAGAUGUAAUAAAGAGGGUUCCAUUGAAAAUACCUUCAACUUCAAAAAUUAAUAAAAGCUCUCCAACCGGAAAAGCCCUUGAGGGAAAGAAAUUACCAAUUUGGAGGCCAAGGACGACUUUGCCACUUCUUAGACAGUUCAAGAGAAAACAACUAGAAGAAGAUGAUGAUCCUAAGCCGACAAGAUUCAAUUGGCCAGUUGAUGAAGCUACUAACAAUAUGAUGAUUCAAUCUCCUUCAUUUGCAUCUCUUUCAUAUGAAACGAGUCCUGUAAUUCCCUCCCCUGUACAUACAACUUCAUCUUCUCCACCCCAACAGCAACUUUAUAAACGGCGGAUAAUAACGUCCACUCCUGCGACACUUCCAAAUAAAUUUUUUAAACCUAACAAGUCGGAUGAGAAUAAAGAGUCAAAUGAAAAUAAAGAAGAGGAAAGACCUCCAGAAGUUAGCGAUGACGACGAUGAUGAUGGCCAUUUUGAAACUCUUCAUACAUACGGAGAUAGUGAUGAUGACCUUCCUCAGGAACCGAUGACGAAUCAGUUGAAACCGAUACUGAAGCCCCCAUCAGAAGCUCCAACACCGACACCUAAUAAAAAGGUGAGGUUUUCAUUUGUUCCCGAAGAAAAAGAUAAAGAAAAUGAGUUAGAGCCUGAGAAGCCAGUUGAAACUGUAGCUCAAAAACCGGCUGCGUCUGUACAGCCGCUUGUUGUUGAAAAGGUAGAAAAGAUAGAACCUGUUUCAAAUCAUGCAAAAAUAAUUGCCGAAGUAUUGAAAAAAUAUCCAGAGUUGGUUAAAAACAAUAAAAAUAUAAAAUUGAAAAUUACAGCUCCAGGUUUUGCGCAGAAGACAAAUACAAUUUCUAUGACGACCAAAAAGGCCUCGCAUGGGAAAUCCUCAUAUGUUGUUAUAAAGUCAUCAGUGAAGCCUAAAGAAACUUCUUCAGUGACCAAAGUUAUAGAAUGUAAAAUUGAAGAAUCGAACAAUUCUAAACCCGUUGUGAACUCUGGAGGCUCUUGGACAUGUUCAUUCUGUAGUACAGAAGAAAAUAGCAAGUUCGACUCGUAUUUUGAAUACAGAAAACAUUUAGAGAAUAUUCAUAAUGAAAGAGUCGAUGCGCGUGUUUGCGAAUAUUGUGGAUAUAAAGCAUCAAAACGUAAUUUGCACUUAUUUCACUUGUAUUCGAAACACGGAGUCCCUCCACCGAAGAACAUCAAAUUUCCUAAAUGUGAUCAAUGUUGCUACAUUGCCUUGAAUGAGGGCCUUUUAAUCAAACAUUUAAAUUCACACCAAGCCGCCAAAGAUUUGACAUGCCCUGUUUGCAACCUAAUGUUCAAAACUGCUAGCAGCUUACAAGCACAUAGCGUCACUUGCAAAGCUGAAAACGACAUAAGGGACAAUUCAUGUCCUCAUUGUAAAAAGAAGUUCAAGACAAAUAACAAUCUCAACAUUCACAUUAAAAUAUGCACAGAAAAAAGCAAUAACCAAGGUAGUAAUAUAUUUGAUGAAGUCGAAGCGGAGGAUAGGAGUAUGGAUGUUAUUGAUGUGCCCAUCAUUGAAACUGUCAAAGUAAACGAUCAAGAUCAUUCAUUGGUGGAAUUACCUUCAGGAUUAAUUUUAACAGAUCAACCAAAUGUAGCUUUAUUUCCUUCAUCUGAAUCUGAAGCGCUUAAUAAUGUCGCAUCAGGAAUCGCAACAUCGAUAGGACUUACUGUAGCUCUUCCUCAAGACCCCCAACAGGCCGUCAUUUUAUUAGAUGGCAACUCUGAUUUCUUUAUAGAAGGCCAUAAUUCUGUCGUAGUCGCAAAUGAAAGUGGAGAUUACAUUGUGCCAGAAAUGUUAGAUAACAAUAUGGCGCAGAUGUAUUCCACUCCUUAUUCAGUAGGCCCUGAAACUGAAACGGUGAUUCCGUGUUCUAUUGAAUCCACACAGAGUAAUGAAGAGAUGCAAAAUCCUGAACCGGAAUCGUCUAACAACGUUGGCAACAAGGAAGACACGUUAGAAGAAAAGGCGGAAAGUUGUCAGAAUAUCAGUCAAAGAAUCAGCCUGGAAACUCCUGUUAUUUUUGAUAAUGAACUAGAAAAUGAUAUAAUUGAUGGUGAUUUAAAUGUAGAAAAUACGGUUGAAAACAAAGGCUCGCCGAUGAUAAUGGAUGAAUUACCUGAGGUCAGUAACGUACAAAUAGAAAAUGAGAAAAACGACCUUCCCAGCCAAAUACCAGUUGAAAAUCCCCAUCCUGUAUUGGAAGACGUGGCACAAAAUCCAGAAAAUUCUAAAGAAAAUGAAAUAGUGAAAGCCAACACACUUGUAAAAGACUGGGGUUUCGAUAAUGAUGAAGAAAACGAAGAAAUUAGUCAAGAGUGUGAAAACACUGAUCCGGAUGAUAAACCUUGUAGAAUCAAUGAAGAUCUCUAAUAAAAGCAAGUAUAUAUUUUAUUAUAUGUAUCGAGCAGAUGCCUUUUAACCGCAGUUAUUAAAAAAGUUAAUAUUUUUAAUAUUAUAUUAUAAACUAUAAUAAUAAUUAGUUUUAAAUUCUUAAGAUUGAAACAGCAUGUACAUAAAAUUAAAGUUAAGUUACCAAAGCUUGAUAACAACAAAUGGAAUUUAUUUUAAUGUGGUUGUCUGUUGAAUUUUUAAUGUAAAAAUAAUAUUUACCUAGAGAAAUAAAUCACAACAAAAAGCUCCUAUAGAACAUUUUGCCCGUUUUAUGUAAUUCAUAAAAUUGUACAUAAUAUAUACUGGUAUUUAUUUAUUUGUUUGUAUAUAAAUUGAUUUUGUAAAUAAAUU